AAAAGAAAUGGAGAUGUUUACCCGACAUUCUCGGUUUUUGACACUCUUCUCUGUUUUUCUCCUUCCCGGCGGCGUCCACUCCAUUGGCGUUAACUAUGGAACUAUGGGCAACGACCUCCCUCCUCCGGCGGAGGUCGCUAGAUUCAUCAAGGAAAACACCACCAUCGACCGGAUCAAAAUCUUCGACGUCAACCCCGACAUUCUCCGGGCUUUCGCCAACACCGAAAUCCUGGUAACAGUCACUGUCCCCGACGGCGAGAUCCCCCGACUGGCCAACGACUCAGUCUACGCCCGGCAAUGGGUCGCCGAGAACAUCAAACCAUUUUACCCGGCGACUAAGAUCAACAUAAUCUCCGUUGGGAGUGAGGUCAUCCACUGGGGCACGACGGAGAUGAAGAAAGGACUUGUCCCAGCCAUGAGAAGAUUGUACCGCGCUCUGAUUUAUACAGGGAUAAAAGAUAUUAAGGUUUCAAGCGCGCAUUCACUCGGGAUUAUGAAUGCAUCAAGCAGUGACCUGUCGCCGAGCCAGGCCCAGUUCAGAGACGAAUGGGACGUCACCGGAAUCCUCUCGCCGAUGCUUAACUUCCUCAACCAAACGAAAGGUCCUUUUCUGGUAAACCCAUACCCGUAUUUCGGGUACAACCGGCAAAGUGCGGAUCUCGCGCUCUUCCGGCCGAACAAAGGCGUCUUCGACCGGCACACGAACAAGACCUACUACAACAUGUUCGACAUGCUUCUGGACUCUGUAUUCGCGGCGAUGUGUCGGCUGGGGUACCCGGACGUCGAGAUUGUCGCGGCGGAGACAGGGUGGCCGUCGGCCGGAGAAGAGUUCGAGCCGCAAUGUACGGUGGCGAAUGCGCGGUCGUAUAACGCCGGGCUGAUGAGGAGGAACAGGAACAGGAUCGAGACUUAUAUAUUCGCUCUGUUUAAUGAGAAUCUGAAAACAGGGUCAAAGGCGGAGCGGAACUUCGGGCUUUUCCGGCCGGAUUUCAGCCCGGUUUAUAGUAUCGGGAUCAUGAAGGGAGAAACGGAUCCAUCUUUGACCCCGGCGCAUCCGCAGCCAUGGAGACGUAGCAAAUUCUGUGUGCCCAAACGCAGUGCAAAUAAUGAGCAGCUAAUAGAGAACAUAAACUACGCGUGCGCUCACGUGGACUGCAGACCCAUCCAACCCGGCGGCGCGUGCUUCCACCCGACCACCGCCCGGGCUCAUGCCGCUUACGCCAUGAACACCUUCUAUCAGACUAAAGGCCGUAAACCUUUCCAAUGCAACUUCACCAACACCGCCAGAUUCACUCAUGCGGAUCCAAGUGCCCACUGUAAAAAGUAGAUCCAAGAUCUCCACGUCGUCGUCCAUGCCUGCAUGCCAAGCGAGCCAUCUAAGCAAGCGGAAUACCCUCCCUCCGUAUAUGACCUUUUUGGUGGACUGGAUAUACUUCUCAGCGAAGUAAUAUACGGAGUAUUAACUCUAUGUCGUGCACUAUACAUAUGCCAAAUUGUUGUCACCUUUUUUCGGUUAUUAUCCUUGAUUUGAUAACUUCCAAAAAAAAUAUCCUUAAUUUGAUUAUUUCAUUAUCCUCACUUGCUUAAUUGAUUCUACGUAUGAAACACUUACCGCUAUUGGCACUAUAUAUAAUUAUAUAC